UUCUACAGUAUACAUUUUUGUCUAUUUCUUCGAUGUGUGUCAAUAUAAAAUGAAAUUACCAUAUUAUCCGUCGGUUUGCCUUCUGGCUUCUCCUAGGAGGUUCUAUUGUGUGAAAUGUGAACUGAGGAGCGAAGAACACGUUUGAGCGACUUUUUUAUACUGGUUGAAACAUGUGUUCGUCGACCUACUAGUCGUUUUACAACUGUGAAAGUAAGUGAGGUUUGAAAAAGUAUAGCAAAAAAGCGAUAGGUAACAUGGAAAUGUCAAGGAACAGGAAGAAACUGCUCUGGGAACUGUUCUCUGGUUUCUAAUUAGACUCUAUAUUAUUUCGAAAUAUUUUUGGUUUCUGAUUUGCGGCGAGCAAGAAUUUUCGAGGAGGAGAGGUUUGCGGCGUGAAUUUCGAGGGAGAAAAUAUCUUAAAAGAUUUGCAGGAGAGGGUUAUUCGGGGAUAAGAUUUAGGGCGCAGGGGAAUUGUACGUGUUGUGUGCUUUAUAGGUGUUGCUGUGACGAAGUAGCGAGUGCAUUUUUUGUUUUGUUAUGAUAGUGGAGUGAAUGAGGUGUGAUAAGAGGGUUCGAUAGGGACUGACGGUGUCAUCUCUCCUGCGACAGCAAUGAGUACCUUAAUUAAGGGGUCGCCGUACCGGCGACAUCAAGAUUUGGAGGCGGGAAGCAGCCGUUCCACCGAUUUUGUUGACGAUGGUUCAUCUGAUCCGUUCGACAUCGCCAGCACUAAGAAUGUUUCCAUAGAACGCCUCCGCAGAUGGAGACAAGCUGCGCUUGUGCUAAAUGCUUCUCGUCGGUUCAGAUACACCUUAGACUUAAAAAAGGAAGAAGAGAAGAAACAAAUAUUAAGGAAGAUUAGAGCACAUGCACAGGCAAUAAGGGCUGCAUAUCUUUUUAAAGCAGCAGGGGAACGAGUAAAUGGAAUUCCACCUGCACCUUCAACGCCGACUGGCGAUUUUGCAGUUGGACAGGAACAACUUGUGGCAAUGUCAAGGGAUCAUAAUCUUUCUGAGCUUCAGCAGUAUGGGGGGGUUAAAGGACUAUCAGAUUUGUUAAAAACAAACUUAGAGAAGGGAAUUCCUGGAGAUGAUGACGACUUAGUGAAGCGGAGAAAUAUAUUUGGCUCGAAUACAUAUCCUCGAAAGAAAGGAAGGAGUUUCUGGAGGUUCCUUUGGGAAUCUUGGCAAGACCUUACAUUGAUCAUAUUGAUGGUUGCUGCAGUAGCUUCUUUGGCGCUGGGUAUUAAGUCUGAGGGUAUCAAGGAAGGAUGGUAUGAUGGUGGGAGCAUUGCUUUUGCAGUUAUUCUUGUCAUUGUUGUGACCGCUAUCAGUGAUUAUAGACAAUCUCUUCAGUUCCAAAAUUUAAGUGAGGAGAAGAGAAAUAUACAUUUGGAGGUUAUUAGAGGUGGCAGAAGAGUUAAUGUUUCAAUAUAUGAUAUUGUGGUUGGAGAUGUUAUUCCUCUUAACAUUGGUGAUCAGGUCCCUGCUGAUGGAGUACUAAUUUCGGGUCACUCCCUUUCAAUUGAUGAAUCCAGCAUGACUGGUGAAAGCAAAAUUGUUCACAAGGACUCCAAUAAGGAUCCGUUUUUAAUGUCUGGCUGUAAAGUAGCAGAUGGUAGUGGCACAAUGCUGGUUACCAGUGUGGGGAUUAACACGGAAUGGGGAAUGCUAAUGUCUAGUAUAUCGGAAGACAAUGGUGAAGAAACACCAUUGCAGGUACGCUUGAAUGGAGUUGCAACUUUCAUUGGCCUUGUUGGCCUGACUGUAGCUUUUGCUGUCUUGGUUGUCCUUUUGGUUAGAUAUUUUACUGGGCACACUGAAGAUCCAAAUGGAGCAACUCAAUUUAUUGCAGGAAAGACAAAAGUUGGUCGUGCUAUAGAUGGAGCUAUAAAAAUUAUAACUGUUGCAGUUACAAUUGUAGUAGUUGCAGUGCCAGAAGGGCUGCCAUUAGCUGUUACUCUAACCCUUGCAUAUUCGAUGAGAAAAAUGAUGGCAGACAAAGCUUUGGUACGCAGGCUUUCUGCCUGUGAGACUAUGGGCUCUGCCACAACUAUUUGCAGUGAUAAGACGGGAACUCUAACUUUGAAUCAGAUGACUGUGGUUGAGGCUUAUGUUGGUGGGAGAAAAAUUGAUCCUCCAGAGAGUGCCUCACAGUUAUCACCUAACCUUGCCUCAUUAUUAAUUGAAGGAAUUGCACAGAAUACAAAUGGCAGUGUCUUUCUUCCUGAGGGUGGCGGUAAUGUCGAGGUUUCUGGAUCACCAACAGAACAAGCCAUUCUUAAGUGGGGAAUCAAGCUGGGUAUGAAUUUUGAAGCAGUCCGGUUGAAAUCCAAUAUUGUUCAUGUUUUCCCAUUCAACUCAGAGAAAAAGAGAGGCGGUGUUGCCUUGCAACUGCCUGACUGCAGAGUUCAUAUUCACUGGAAAGGGGCUGCUGAAAUAGUCUUAGCUUCGUGCUCAGCUUACAUUGAUGCUGAUGAUGGUGUAAAAGAAAUGAGUGAGGAUAAGAUGACAUAUUUCAAAAAAUCUAUUGAGGAUAUGGCUGCUAGAAGUUUGCGUUGUGUUGCAAUUUCCUAUAGAGCAUAUGAGUUUGAAAAAGUUCCAACUUAUGAAGAAGAACUUUCUCGGUGGUCAUUACCUGAGGAGGACCUUGUUCUUCUUGCUAUAAUUGGGAUAAAGGAUCCUUGCCGGCCAGGGGUCAGAGAUGCAGUACAAUUGUGCCAAAAUGCUGGUGUCAAGGUGCGCAUGGUUACUGGCGACAACCUUCAAACAGCCAGAGCAAUUGCUCUGGAAUGUGGUAUAUUGGGUUCAGAUGCUGAUGCUACUGAGCCUAAUCUGAUUGAGGGAAAAAGGUUCCGUGCCUUGUCAGAUUCAGAAAGAGAAGAAAUUGCUGAAAAGAUAUCCGUGAUGGGACGGUCAUCACCUAACGACAAACUUCUGCUUGUGCAAGCAUUGAAGAAGAAGGGGCAUGUUGUUGCUGUAACUGGAGAUGGCACUAAUGACGCUCCUGCACUCCAUGAGGCGGAUAUAGGCCUUGCAAUGGGAAUUCAAGGGACAGAAGUUGCUAAAGAGAGCUCAGAUAUCAUCAUCUUGGAUGAUAAUUUUGCUUCAGUUGUGAAGGUUGUCCGAUGGGGUCGAUCUGUUUAUGCCAAUAUUCAAAAAUUCAUCCAAUUUCAGCUUACAGUUAAUGUUGCAGCUCUCAUUAUAAAUGUGGUGGCUGCAGUUUCCUCUGGUAAUGUUCCCCUAAAUGCAGUGCAGCUCCUUUGGGUCAAUCUCAUCAUGGAUACUCUUGGAGCACUGGCGUUGGCUACUGAACCGCCAACUGAUCACCUGAUGCACAGGCCUCCAGUUGGUAGGAGAGAACCUCUUAUAACUAACAUCAUGUGGAGGAAUUUGCUAAUCCAGGCUAUUUAUCAAGUCUCUGUCCUGUUGGUCCUCAACUUCCGUGGCAAGAGCAUACUGAAUCUGGAGCAUGAAUCAGCUGAUCGAGCUAACAGAGAGAAGAAUACACUGAUAUUCAACGCGUUUGUUCUUUGUCAAAUUUUUAAUGAAUUCAAUGCCCGAAAGCCUGAUGAAAAAAAUAUUUUCAAAGGAAUUACAACAAACCAUCUCUUUAUGAUGAUAGUAGCUCUAACUCUUGUUCUUCAGGUUGUCAUCAUCGAAUUUCUAGGCAAGUUUACUUCAACUGUGAGGCUCAACUGGAAGUUUUGGCUGAUUUCUAUCGGCAUUGGUUUUAUCAGUUGGCCACUUGCUUUUGUUGGGAAAUUUAUCCCUGUUCCAGAAACUCCUCUUGCCGAGUUCUUUCGACGAAGACGUCAAUGAGGUUCUCAGAAGUUAUUAGUGUCAUUAGCUGGUUUGAGAUUUACAUGAGAGAAAAAUCAACCUUGCACAGUACAGGCUGUUACACAUUCUCUUUUUGGUUUAUAGGACUAUAGAAGCAUACACGGAUCUUUCUUUUUUAUCGAUCAAUCUACUUGGCUAGAUCUGUUUUCUACACUAACAUACUUGUUGAAAGGGGAGAAUUGUUUUCUCUUUGUACACGUUCUUCGGUGCAGUGCCCUUUCUCUGUUAACAGUUUAUUUUAAUAUUUAAAGAAGAAUUAAGGUUUGAGAAGUUUUACUGCAGAACACAGAAGUUAUUUGCAAUUCUGUGUUUGAACCGUAUAGAUUUGUGUAUUGUGUGAUCUUUGAUCUCUUAUAUUUGAAAUUCUUUAAUUUUAGUUA